AUGCACGAACAGGUUAACAAUAAAUCUUUUAUACAAGUCGGUAUUUGUUUUAUUUUCUAUUUCAGGCACAAUGUAACGUUCAAGACGGUCGUUGGUGAAAGCAAUUCUGUUCAACCUGAUAUGAUAGCAUCUUGGUUUGAAACCACUUUACCAACAUUAUUAACUAACUACAAACUAGAAGAUAUUUACAAUGCCGACGAAUUCGGUCUCUUCUACCAAUGCUUGCCAAAUAAAACGUAUCACUACAAAUCCGAAAAAUGCUCUGGGGGUAAAAAUAGCGAAGUCCGAAUUACCGGGCUUGCAGCUGCCAAUGCUGUCGGAGAUAAACUACCAAUGUUUGUGAUUGGUAAAUCGAAAAAACCAAGGUGCUUCAAAAAUGUAACAUCCCUACCCUGCAGGUACAGAGCGCAGAAGAAGAGUUGGAUGGACAGCUCUCUUUUUGAAGAGUGGGUGCGAGAAAUCAAUGCAAUGUUUCUAAAAGAAGGUCGAAAGAUAGUCUUGAUCAUCGAUAAUUGUCCCGCUCACCCUGGUGUCGGUGGACUGCCCAACAUUAAAUUGAUUUUCUUACCUCCAAAUACAACUUCUGUGUCACAACCGAUGGACCAAGGUGUCAUAAGAUGUCUUAAGUCUCUUUAUCGCCAAAAAUUGGUCAACAUGAUGAUUCAAAACCUAGAAAAAGGCAAAGAUCUUCCAAAAGUUUCAAUUCUGCGUGCUCUUCAAAUACUUGUUUCGUCGUGGGACAAAGUGAAGAAAGAAACCAUCGUAAAUUGCUUCAAGAAAUCAAAGAUUUCCAAGAAAGCUCAACAGAAUGCAACUGAUAAUAUUGAUGAUCCAUUUAAACAACUGGAGAAAGAUCUCACACAACUGCGUGCCAUUGACGAUACCAUUAUUCCUGCUGAUCUCUCGGCACGUGAUGUUGUCGAUAUUGACCAAGAUUUGACCACAAUCGAAAAUCCCGUGACUGAUGAAGAAAUCCUUGAGUCGGUACGGCCAAGUACAGAUGAGAAUGACGAGAAGCAUGAUGAAAAUGCCGAUGUCAUCGAGGUGUUUGAUGAGCCAGUGAGCAAGCCAACAAAAUCAGAAAUAAACACUGCAGUGGAGACUUUACAAAAUGCUUGUCUAUUCACUGAUGAUGGAAAUGACAUGCAACGCCUCCUGCUUCGCUUUGAAGAUUUGUUUCUUAAAAGUGAAAUGAAAAACAAGAAGCAAACUAGUAUUUUGAGCUUUUUCGAUCAAAAAUAA